CUUCGCGCGCUUGCUCUCUCGUAGCUUCUCUUGCAGCCCAGCCCAUUCUCACCAUGGUAGACGCCUUCGCAGGCACCUGGAAGCUGGUGGACAGCAAGAAUUUCGAUGACUACAUGAAGUCUCUCGGUGUGGGUUUUGCUACCAGGCAGGUGGCUAACAUGACCAAGCCUACUACAAUCAUUGAAGUGAACGGGGACAACAUCACCAUAAAGACACAGAGCACCUUUAAGAAUACGGAGAUCAACUUUAAGCUGGGAGUGGAGUUUGAUGAGACAACAGCAGAUGACAGGAAAGUCAAGUCCACUGUGACGCUGGAUGGAGGCAAACUGGUCCACACGCAGAAGUGGGAUGGGCAAGAGACAAUACUUGUUCGGGAACUACGUGAUGGAAAACUCAUACUGUUAACACUUACCCAUGGCAGUGUAGUCAGCACUCGUACCUACGAGAAAGAGGCAUGA